CAUGGCAGGUCGAGACAGAGUUACCCAGUUGUUGAAGCAGCUGCAACGGGCGUCAUGUCGGUGCCCUGCUCAUUCUCACGGUUACUCACAAGCUCCAGAACCUGGUACAACCAGAACAACAGACUAUGCUUUUGAGAUGGCCUGUUCAAAUAUUCGAUAUGGAGAAGGGGUGACAAAUGAAGUUGGUAUGGAUCUUCAGAACAUGAAGGCCAGGAAUGUUUGUGUUAUGACUGACAGGAAUAUAGCCAAAUUGCCUCCUGUUAAAGCAGUCCUGGAUUCAUUGGUUAAGAAUGGAGUAAAUUUUAAAGUAUUUGACAAGGUCAGGGUGGAACCAACAGAUGGAAGCUUCAAGGAAGCGAUAACAUUUGCUCGUCAGGAACAGUUUGAUGCGUUUGUCGCUGUUGGAGGUGGAUCUGUGAUGGACACGUGCAAAGUCGCUAAUCUCUACGCCUGCAGUCCCGAUGCUGAAUUCUUGGAAUAUGUCAAUGCACCAAUUGGAAAAGGCAAACCAGUUGUUGCUACUCUCUGCCCUUUGAUAGCAGUUCCUACCACAGCUGGCACUGGAAGUGAGACCACAGGUGUGGCAAUAUUUGACUAUGAAGCUAUGAAGGUUAAAACAGGUAUUGCCAACAGGGCUCUGAAGCCAGUGCUUGGAAUCGUGGACCCUUUGCAUACUCUGCACAUGCCCGAACGUGUGGCUGCUUACAGUGGAUUUGAUGUACUUUGUCACGCUCUGGAGUCCUACACAGCUCUUCCCUACAACUUGCGAUCACCAUGCCCAUCUAACCCAAUCAAUCGUCCGGCUUAUCAAGGGAGCAACCCUAUCAGUGAUGUGUGGUCCAAGCAUGCCUUAAAAAUUGUGGCCAAGUAUUUGAAACGUGCUGUCAGACACCCUGAUGACUUCGAAGCUAGAUACAACAUGCACCUUGCAAGUGUUUUUGCAGGAAUUGGCUUUGGAAAUGCUGGUGUUCACCUCUGUCAUGGAAUGUCCUAUCCGAUAGCAGGAAUGGUGAAAAAUUUUAGAGCCAAGGACUACAAUGUGGAUCAUCCUUUGGUGCCCCAUGGCCUCUCGGUGGUUUUGACUUCGCCUGCAGUCUUCACCUUCACAGGCUCUGUGUGCCCUGACCGGCACUUGGAAGCAGCUGAGAUACUAGGGACUGAUGUGCAAGCUGUGAAACGUGAAGAUGCAGGUUUAGUUCUGGCUGAUGCUCUUCGCAAAUUCCUCUUUGAUUUGAAGGUUGAAGAUGGCCUAACUGCAGUUGGUUACAGCAGGGAAGACAUUCCAGAUCUAGUCAAAGGAACUCUGCCUCAGGAGAGAGUAACGAAACUGUCACCAAGGCCCCAGACAGAGGAAGACCUGACAGCUUUAUUCGAGUCUUCUAUGAAGCUAUAUUAAUCUUGUUCUCUGGAAUAAAGAGCUCAAAACUACAUUAAGAUAAGGGAACCUCACUGAAUCCAAAAGAAUGUAAGCAUACCAUUACUUUUGUCAACCAACUUGUCAAUGUAAGUUUUAAAUAUGUUGCAGAAAAUAUUUCAAGUUAACAACAGUAAUCAGUCAUUACAUUAUAAUUGUGGAGCACAGUUUUCCAAGUGAUUAAUUUCAUUAUUAAUUCACUGGCAUCUAUCAGUUACCUAGUACCAUUGCAUGGCCAAUAGAAAGGAAAAUCAGGGAUGAUAGAGUCAUACAGCACAGAAACAGGCACUUUGGCCCAGCUUGUCCAUGCUGAAAAGUUUUCCUAAACUGAACGAGUCCCAUUUGCCCAUAUUUGGCCCAUAUCCUUACAAACUUUUCCUAUCCGUCUACAUGCCCAAAUGUCUUUUAAAUGUCUACCACUUCCUCUGGCAGCUCAUUCCACAUAUGCAUUACCCUGAGUGUGAAAAUGUUUCUCUUUAGGUCUCCUUUAAAUUUUUCCUCUCUCGCCUUAAAUCUAUGCCAUCUACUUUUGGAUGCCCCUAGCCUGGGGAAAAGACCUUAGCUAGUCACCUUAUCUAUGUCCCUCAUGACUUUAUAAGCCUCUAUGAGGUCGCCCCUCAGCCUCCCAUGUGAGGGAGAAAAGUACCAACCUCUCCUUAUAACUGAAACCCUCCAGUCUUGCUAACAUGCUUGUAAUUUUUUUUGCACCCUUUCCAGUUUAAUAACAUCCUUUCUAUAGCAGGGUAACCAAAAUUGUAUGCAGUACUCCAAAUGUGGCCUUACUGAUGUCUUGUACAGGUGUAACAUCACACCCCGACCCCUGUACCCAGUGCUCGGACUGUUGAAGGCAAGGGUGCCAAAUGCCUUCUUUCCCACCCUGUCCACCUAUAAUGCCACUUGCAAGGAAUUACAUACUUGAAACUAUACACCGUCGUUCAACAUUCCCCAGGAUCCUACCAUAAACCAUGUGUAAAUCUUGCCCUGGUUUAUCUUAUCAAAAUGCAACACCUUGCAUUUAUCUGAAUUAAACUCCACCUGCCAUUUCUCAGCCCACUGGCCCAGUUGAUCAAGGUCCCAUUGUAAUCUUAGAUGACUUGUCACUUUCUUCUAUACCACCAGCUUUGAGUCACCUGCAAUCUUCCUAACCAUGCCCUCUAUAUUUUCAUCCAAAUCAUUUAUAUAAAUGGACCCAGCACCAAUCUUUGCAGGAUGCCACUGGUCACACGCCCCCUGUAUGAACAACACUCUACCACCACCCUUUGUCACCUACCAUCAAGCCAAUUUUGUAACUGUGAUAGAAUUCUGAUCAGCUAGAGUUGAAAAUUUUAACUUGUUUUGUAUCCAAGCUAAACAUUUUGUAAAGGAUGUCAUGACUUCAGAGAAGGUGCAGAGAAGAUUUACUGUAGUGGUACCAGGAAUGCAUCCCGCUCUGCAGAGAAAAUGGAAAAUCUAUCUCUGUAUUAAAUACACUCAAUGACUUGGCCUCCACAGCCUUCUGUGGCAAUGAGUUCCACAGAUUCACUACUCUCUAGCUGAAAAAAUUCCUCCUUAUUUCAGUUCUACAGGAUCAUCCCUUCCCUCUGAGGAUGUGCCUUUGCGUCCUAGUCUCUCCUACUAGUGGAAACAUCUUCUCCACAUCUGCUCUAUCCAGGCCUCUCUGUAUUCUAUAAGUUUCAGUCAGAUCUCCAUUAUCCUUCUAAAUUCUAUCAAGCACAGACCCAGAGCCCUCAGCAGCUCCUGAUUUGAAAAGCCCUUCAUCCCUGGGAUCAUUCUGGUAAACCUCCUCUGGACGCUCUCCAAGGCCAGCACGUUUCAAAAAACAAAACAAGGACCUAAAAAAAUUACAGCACAGGAACAGGCCCUUCAGCCGUCCAAGCCUGUGCUGAUCCAGAUCCUCUAUCUAAACCUGUCACCUAUUUUCCAAGGAUCUGUAUCCCUCUGCUCCCUGCCCAUUCAUGUAUCUGUCUAGAUACAUCUUAAAUGACCCUACCGUGCCCGUCUCUACCACCUCCGCUGGCAACGCGUUCCAGGCACCCACCACCCUCUGCAUAAAGAACUUUCCACGCAUAUCUCCCUUAAACUUUUCCCCUCCCUUAAACGUUUCCUUAGAUACAGUAUCGAAAACUGCUCACAAUAUUCCAACUGCAGUCUGAGCAGAGGCAUAUAUCUCUGCUCUUGCAUUCUGUCCCUCUUGAAAUGAAUGCUAACAUUGCAUUCCUAAUUGCCAACUAAACCUGCAUAUUACCCUGAAGAGAAUUAUGAACUAGGGCUCUUAAGCCCCUUUGUGUUUCAGAUUUCUGAAGCCUUUCCCAAUUAGAAGAUAGGCUACCCCUCUAUUCUUCCUAUCAGAGUGCAUAACUGCACUCUUUGCCACAUUGUAUUCUAUCUUGCCACUUCUUUACUCACUCUCCUAGCCUGUCCAAGUCCUUCUGCAGCCUUCCUGUUUCCUCAACACUUCCUAGUCCUCCACCUAUAGUUGUGACAUCUGCAAACUUAGCAACAAUGCCCUCAGUUCCUUUCUCCAGGUAAUUAAAUAUAUGAGUAGUUGUGGUCCCAAUGUUGACCUUGGCUCCACUCCACUAGUCAUCAGCUACCAUCCCUUUAUUUCCAUUCUCUGCCUUCUGCCAGUCAGCCAAUCCGCUAUCCAUUGCCAGUACCUUGCCCCUAACACCAUGAGCUCUUAUCUUAUUUAGCAGCUUCCUGUGUGGCACCUUAUCAAAGGCCUGCUGGAAAUGCAAAUCAGUCACAUCCAAUGGCUUUCCUCUGUCUGCCUUACUCAUUUCCUCCUCAAAGAAUUGUAAGUUUUGUCAGGCAUGACCUCCCUUGACAAAGCUAUGCUGACUUGCCCUAUUUUACCAUGCACUUCCAAGUACUCCAUAAUCUCAUCCUUAAUAAUGGACUCUAAAAUCUUACCAACGACUGAGGUCACACUAUCCAGCCUAUAGUUUCCUAUCUUCUGCCUCCAUCAGUUCUUAACAUUUUCAAAUCCAGUGCUCUCUGCAAAAGCGUCACUUGUAUAUUAUAUGCACUAAUGUGGAUUUGGGUAAGGAUGAUAGAUUUCCUUCCCUAAAGGGCAUUCGUGAAGCAGAUGGGAUUUUAUAAACAAUCAACAAACAGCUACAUGGUCACCGCUGGGAUAGUUUUCUUCAUGUUUCAUUGAACUCAAAUUUCAACAUCUAUCGUGGUGGGAUUUGAACCCGUUUUGGGGAGAACAUUAACCUGGGUUCUGGCUUGGUAAACCAGUCUCAUUGCCACUAUGCCACCACCCUACAAUAGCCUUUUGAUGGCAAUCUUUAAAUCUAAAUUCAGUGCGAUCCACUUAAGUUGCAGACAGCAAUAUCAAAUUAGCAAGCCAGAAAGAACUAGGGUAAUGCAAGAGUAGGCACUGUCCUCAUUAGUCCUGGAUUGGAGUUAAGGCAGAGUCUCAUAGAAUCUGUACAGAGUCAAAGUAGGGCAUUCAGCUCAUCAAGUCCACACCAAUACUCUGAUGAGCAUCCCACUCAGACCCACCCCCUACACUACACCAGCAUUUCCCAUAGCUAAUCCACCCAACCUACACAUCCCUUGACACUAUGGGGCAAUUUAGCAUGGCUAAUCUACUUAACCUGCAUAUCUUUGGACUGAGAGGAAACUCACACAGACAAAGGAGAACAUUCACACUCCACACACAGUCACCUGAAGGUGGAAUUUAGAACAGGUCCUUGGCACUGUGAAGCAGCAGUGCUACCAUUGAGCCACACUAUGCAUCUGAUGCUUGACCUUGGGCUGUUCAAUAGAAACAUUGUGAAUAAAAGAUUUUAUUCUUCAGUAAAGUUAUUUCAACAAUUUCCUUAGAGCAGGAAGGAAUGGCUAGGAUCCUGAAUACUCCAACUUUCUAUCUGAUUGUUCAUGGAAUAUAUUUUCCUCUAGUUGUUAAGGUAAUUGAGAAAGUGUGCAGUGAUCAUAGGAAAAUAUGUCUAACAAAAUAGGAUGUUUUUGUAUGUAUUUAAUGGAGAGCUCUAGAAAAGACCUAGAAUCCAUUAUAUAGUGUGAGAUUUAUGAUAUUAUCAUGAAAUGACUGUUGGAAGGCUGUAUGAUAUUUUACAGUUUUUAGUGUUUCUGUAGUAUAAAAAAAGUUGGAGUGUUUUAGCUGUAACACACAAGCUCUAAAAGAAACUCUCACAAAUUGAGAUUUGUACCAGUUUGUUACACACAGUUAUGCGUGGUUUUGAGAUGCAGAAUUGCAAAUUGUAUUACAGGCCAAGCAUUUCUGCAAUAACAGAAGCGUUUGAUCCAAAAGUGAUCUCAUGCCUGCAAUAAAUUGCAGUGUCUUGGUCUUGUCCACUAUAAGACAAUAUCCUAACAGCAUUACAAUGCCAAACAAUAUUGCUUUCUUCUCCUAUCAUAGAGUUUCCAUUGUGUAAAACAUCAAGUUCUAUAAU